GUAACUGCACAUCUCAAUCGUUCGCCAACAUCAGCCUCCAGUCUGCUUCAUUAGGCCCUGUCGGAGGAGCUUUCAGCCGCACAAGAGCUGAAGAGGAAGAGGAGGGCUGCCCACAGAAACGAUUUGCAUCUUUUUACUUUGUUAAACAAAGUAAAAAAGCCCUUUUAACAUGUUGAGGGUGCUGGUUUUGGCUGCCCUCGCCGGCUUCAUCGGGGCCAGCGACGUGCAUGACUACACGGAUGAUGAUUUCGAAAGCAAAAUUGGACUCCAUGGUCUGGCUCUUGUGGAGUUUUUUGCCCCAUGGUGUGGCCACUGUAAGCGACUGGCACCUGAGUACGAGGUAGCCGCCACUCGUCUGAAAGGAAACGUCGCUCUGGUCAAGGUGGACUGCACAACCAGCAGCAACGUAUGCAGCAAAUAUGGUGUCAGUGGGUACCCGACCCUGAAGAUCUUCAGAGAUGGAGAGGAGACGGGUCCCUAUGAUGGUCCCAGGACUGCAGAUGGGAUUGUCAGUUUCCUGAAGAAGCAGGGUGGACCAGCUUCUGUGGAGCUCAAGACCGAGGCAGACUUGGCCAAAUACACCUCAGACUCAGACGCAAGUGUUGUUGGGUUCUUUGCUGAUGAGAAGAGCACAGCUCAGGCAGAGUUCGCCAAGGCCGCCAACGCCUUGAGGGAGAACUACCGCUUCGCCCACACCAACUCUGAGGCUCUCCUCGCAAGCCAUGGUGUUGAUGCAGAGGGAGUCGUCCUGUUCCGCCCACCAAGACUCAACAACAAGUUUGAAGACGGCACCGUCCAAUUCAGCGGGGACGUUUACACAAGCAACAAAAUCAAGAAGUUCAUCCAAGACAACAUCUUUGGAAUCUGCCCACACAUGACAGACGACAACAAAGACCAGAUCCGGGGGGAAGACCUGCUGGUGGCUUAUUAUGAGGUUGAUUAUGAAAAGAAUCCCAAGGGCUCCAACUACUGGAGGAACAGGGUGAUGAAGGUAGCCAAGGUCUUCCUGGAUCAGGGCAAGAGUCUGAACUUCGCCGUGGCCAGCAAGAGCGCCUUCGGCCAGGAUGUGUCCGAGUUCGGCAUGGAUGGAAGUUCAGGAGAGCUCCCCCUGGUGGCCAUCCGCACCAGCAAGGGAGACAAAUACAUCAUGGCUGAGGAGUUCUCUCGUGAUGGCAAAGCUCUGGAGCGUUUCCUGCAGGCUUACUUUGACGGCUCGUUGAAGCGUUACCUCAAAUCAGAGCCCAUCCCAGAGAGCAACGACGGACCCGUCAAGGUUCUUGUGGCAGAGAACUUCGACUCCAUCGUGAACGACGACAGCAAAGACGUGCUGAUCGAGUUUUACGCUCCGUGGUGCGGACACUGCAAGACCCUGGAGCCCAAAUUCAACGAGCUGGGAGAGAAGCUCGGCAAUGAUCCCAACGUUGUCAUUGCAAAGAUGGACGCCACAGCAAACGAUGUGCCAUCUCCAUAUGAAGUCAGCGGAUUCCCCACACUGUACUUUUCCCCAGCUGGAAGCAAGACGAGCCCGAAGAAAUACGAGGGCGGCCGCGAGGUGAGCGACUUCAUCGCCUACCUGAAGAAGGAGGCCACCAACACUCUGGUGGUGGAGGAGGAGAGCAAGAAGAAGAACGACGACGACGAUAAGAUCGAGCUAUAAAAGCUCCAAACAGGAACUCAACAUCCCCUUCACAACAGGAGGAGGAGGAUUGGGGGAAUUCAUGCAAACAAAGGACUAAAUUAUAUUCCACUCUCUUAGUGAACUACCGAAUGCUCUGAGGCCGAAACAGACGGUCCCUUUAGGUCCUCCGCUGCUCUGGGAAAUCUGUGGAAGGAGGAGGUGGCCAGGGCCUGCCCGAUGUUUAAAAACAAAUUCUUAGGGAAGAGGGGACAGCUUUUUGAAAAUUGAGAUUUUUAUUUCCCUUGGUGUGUCUUCUGCACCUCAGGCUGAUGCACUUUGGUUUGACGCCAGUCAUCUGUCGCUCUGUUUUUUUUUUUUGUCGUCGUCACGGGGAUAAUGGUAAUGGUGAAAUCCUUUUUUCUUUUGUAACGUCUUUGUUUUUGUACAUUUGGAAGGAUUGUGAAAUAAAAAGGCCCACAAAACCAAAA